AUUUUAUACACAGACUGUAUGAAGUCAUGAAGUUGCUCUACAAGUUUAUGGGAAUUUCUUGAAACAAGUUGAAUGUAAUUACAAUAUAUAUAUAUAUAUAUAUAUAUAUAUAUACUAUUAAAAAAUCCUAGCCUAAAACUUAUGUUCCAAUUUAAUUAAAAAAAAAAAAAAAAAAAAAAAGUUACUUUUAAAGGUAAUUGCUUUUUAUUAACUCAUGUUUGAGUCACAAAUGUCAAAACUUUUUCUUAAGGUUUCUGCAUUUUACAUGAACAUAAAAAGGCAUGAAAAUAGCUUCACACAUGUUGCUUUAUACGUGCUGGUUACAUUUCACCACAGUUUGCAAAACCUUCAAAUAUUACUAUUUUAACAAAAUUGCUUCACUGCUUAUCUUUAAGAAAUAACCUAUUAAUAAAAAUAAGGAAUAUAAAUAAAAGACUAAGCCCAAAAAAAAUAUGAUUAUUGCAGUAAAUCAUAAACUGCAAACAUGCUAAUCAUAAGAUGUAUACUUUAUUGAUUUUUGUUUUGCAUUUAAUGACUAUCAUCAUGUCAUUGAACCAUAUACAUGCAAUAAGAAAAGGAUCCAGCAGGUGGCACUGAAUUUGCAUGCAGACCAAACAAAAAAAUGGACAAUAUCUGAACGAUACAAGCGUUGCAGGUUCAAUCCCAAGAAGCAUUGGAAAGGAAAUGGUUAUUUCAGAUAUUAUAUUUUCAGUAAAAAACAAAUUAUACAUACAUACAAAGCAUAAAAUGUCAAUGAACACAACUAAAUUGAGAUGAGUAUCAGUUUAGGGGUAUUCACCGACAUAUUAAAGUAUUUAAACACAAAGCCUUUUACGCUACAGUGCACGCUAACUACCUGAAACUCCGGUUACUGUUGUAAAACUGGUCAUAACCCCGCCCGGGAGAGACAAACCGGUCCAAGCAGAAAGGUCUCUCCGCAGACAUCACUACUGCCACUUACAAAUGGAUGUGUAAGGUUACUGCUGUUGUCAGUCAUGUCCUCCACAAGAAAACACAUCCAGUAAUUUAUCUGGAAAGAGUUGUUUAAUUUCAGCUGAAGCGCAGUCUCAUCCACAAUCACAAUGGAGCAAAGGAAGAAAGUCUGGCAAAAUUUCCGUGAGAGAGCCAAGCCAAAGUUAAAUCUGAAGAUUGGAAAGAAGGCUCAGGGGAAGAAGAAAAAGACCCCUCUGAAAUACAGAAGGAGUAUGUCAGUACCAGACAUCAGGUUUCAUCCCCAAGCCAUGGCGAUGGCUUUACAGGAUGAUCCCAGGACACCAGGUCAAGACUCUGUUUUCUUUGGAAACUCAGAGGGUCCAAGUGACUUGGAUGAAACAGCAAGCGAAACCUCCAGUCUUGCAUUAUCUGAGCGUUUCAGUGUCGCUGACAUGCCAUACUCCUGCAGCCCAGCGCUAUCAGAGAAAUCAGUUCCUGCCUACUUUACAGUUCCAGUGGAAACUGACAAGCGGUCAAGAGUCACGACAUGGUACAUAGAUGAAUAUGAUGCAGUGACUGGACCUUUACCUCCUCCUACAGAAAGACAGAUGACACCUGUGCCUGCAGAGAGGAGAUCGCCUGGUCAGAGACCAAGGCACCCUGCAGAUAAAGUGGCUGCAGCCCUUAAUAGAGCCGGAGGAAGACAGAUGCCUCCUGCACGAGCUUCAGAUGAAAUGUGUACAUGGACCAACACAGAGUCAGUCAGCACUGCUCCAUCUGAGGAGAAAGCCUGCAUUUUUACGAAUACUGAGCAUGAGCCGUCUUCUCCAAUGGAAAUGUUCAUUGCAGGGUCUGCUGAGGACAUGGACAUUGUCAAUGAAACCAGUGACUUUGAUCCACUUUCCUUUACAGAACAAGAACAAAACAUCUCAGAAGGGUUAAAUGAAAGUCAAAAUGCUGGAACACAGCAGAAGGUCCAGUAUCUCCUCACCAUCAACCUAAAGGAAGGCAGAAACCUGGUUGUCAGGGACCGCUCAGGUACAAGUGACCCAUUCGUCAAAUUCAAAUUAGAAGGCAAAAACAUCUACAAAAGCAAAGUUGUGAACAAGAACCUGAAUCCCACCUGGAAUGAAUCAUUUUCCUUUCCCGUCAGAGACCUCGAUCAGACUGUUUAUGUCAAGGUAUAUGAUCGAGACCUGAGAUCCAAUGACUUCAUGGGAUCAAGCAGCUUUCCCCUCUAUAGGCUGGAAUUGGACAAAACAGUUUCAAUGGUUUUACCUUUGGAGGACGUAAACAGUGAGGAGGAUGAUAUGGGAGUGAUUCAUCUAGAUGUCUGCCUGUCCAUCCGAGAGGAAACUGCCAAACGAAAUAAGUGGCUACUGAAAAGAAAGGGAAGCUUCAGUAAGGGUCAGCCGAUAAGCCAGGCGCAGGUUAUGCGACUCAUGACUGCACAGAAGAGUCAGGUUUGGACUGGAGUUUAUACCGUCACCCUGGUGGAAGGCCAGGAAAUGCCCGACAGCGGUCAGGGAGACGUCUACGUACGCUUCAGAUUGGGAGACCAGAGGGUCAGGAGCAAGAAUCUGUGUAUUAAGGCAAACCCGCAGUGGAGAGAGUCUUUCGACUUUAACCAUUUCCAGGAUGUGCAGGAGAAUCUCAUAGUGGAGGUUUGUUGCAAGAGGGGCAGGAAGUCAGAGGAGUGCUGGGGAGUACUGGAUAUUGACCUGACCAGACUUCCUGUCAAUCAGAGGCAGUUACAUACUCAUUCGCUGGAUCAAAACAAAGGUCGACUGGUGUUUUUGGUUACACUGACCCCGUGUUCUGGUGCUUCCAUCUCAGACAUCCAAUCGGCUCCAUUAGAUGACCCCAAGACCUUUGAGAAGAGGAAGGAGCAUUAUAGACCGAUGAACUUUCUGGGGGACUUGAAGGAUGUUGGCUAUCUUCAAAUCAAGUUAAUAAAAGCCACAGAUCUUUCAUCAGCAGAUAUAAGUGGUAAAAGUGAUCCUUUUUGUACCAUUGAGCUUGGUAAUAGCAAACUGCAAACUCACACAAUAUUCAAAACCCUGAAUCCUGAAUGGGGAACAGCCCUAACAUUCCCCAUUAAGGACAUCCAUGACGUUCUGGUGCUGACAGUCCAUCAUGAUGAUGGGGACAAAGCUCCAGACUUCCUGGGAAAAGUUGCCAUUCCUUUGCUGACUAUUUCUAAUGGCCAACAAAUAACCAGAAUGCUAAAGAAUAAUAAUUUAUCAAGGGCGACCAAAGGAAGCAUCACUAUGGAGCUGAAUGUCCUCUACAACCCUAUCAAAGCAGGAUUCAAAACCUUCCAGCCAAAAGAAACAAAGUUUGCAGAGGAGAACCCGAAGUUUGACAAAAAGCUUUUAGCACGUAAUAUCUAUCGAGUGAGGAAGAUCAGCCUGGCCAUUCUCUAUACGCUGCAGUAUAUUAAAAGCUGCUUCCACUGGGAGAGCACGCAGAGGAGUAUUAUAGCCUUCCUGAUAUUUGUGUUGACAGUGUGGCUUUGGGAGCUGUUCAUGUUGCCACUCUUCCUCCUUCUGCUCAUUGGCUGGAACUACUUCCACAUCACACCAGGCAUGGCCAGCUACAGUCAGGACUUGGAGAACAUGUCCGUGGCCGAGGACGAGGACGAAGAUGAAAAGGAAUCAGAGAAAAGAGGACUGAGGGAAAAAAUCCACAUGGUUCAAGAAAUUGUGCUUACAGUUCAGAGCACUUUAGAUGAAGUGGCUAGCAUCGGGGAAAGAGUGAAAAACACAUUCAACUGGUCAGUGCCGUUCUUGUCAUUCCUGGCCUGCCUGGCUCUGUUUCUGGCGACUACUGCCUUGUACUUCAUCCCUCUGCGGUACAUAGUUUUAGUGUGGGGUGUUAACAAAUUUGCCAAGAAGCUUAUCAACCCAUAUGCCAUUGACAAAAAUGAAAUACUGGAUUUUCUCAAGAGGGUGCCUUCUGAUGUUCAAAAGGUGCAGUACAGCGAACUGAGAGCCGAGCUCGGCAACCAGGGCCCGGUGAAGAAGAAACGCUUGUGCUGAAACCCGACGGACGUGUCGGAUGAAAGAGACGGACGGCGUUUCAGGACACGGUCUGUUUAAGUCAUAAUGCCCCUGUGCGAGUGGAGGAGGAGCCCCCUUGUGCCAAGCCAUCCGCAUUUCCACUGAGGUGUAUUCAUUGUACUGUGUGUGUGCUUAUAUUUGUAUCUGUGUGUGUGUGAAAGAGAGAGAGGGGCCCCAACUGACAGGGUCUUUGGCCCUCGCGAACUCACAUGGUCACAGUAUCUGAGCAUAUGAAGGUAAAGGCGGGCUUCGCCAGCCUCUGCAUGUGGUCACGCUGAAAUGCAAUGAAAUACGACACAGCCUAAUUCAUAUAUUAAUGUCUUUUUAGAGACCACAUUCUGGUUCAUUUAACAAAGGAAAAAUUAGCCACAAAACAUACAGCACAUAUAGUACGUACUUCCUGUUGCUUGUGUUUACAGCAGGGAAUAUUUAAAUGAGGGUAAAAUAUUUAUAACUCUUAAUACAAUGGAAAAUAUUCAAGCCAUUUUAAAUGCCAUUUAACAUUGUUAUUAAUGCAAAUGCAUCCUACUGUUCAAGAUGUUUUAUUCUGUAAUGUUUGUUUUUUAUAUUAACCUUCCACAUUUUGUACAUUUAUGCUGCAGAUAAAGAUGAAAUGAAGAAGAUAACUAAAAGUUUGACUUCUUAAA